UUUGAUGACUUACAAAUGGAUACUUUAAAGGAUUAUUACCCCUACACCUAUUUACAACUAGAUUUGAUUACACUAACAUAAGCUCUCUUGACAAAAAUCAUAACGUUUAUUGCUUAUAAACGAAAUGCUUUCCAAUAAAAGCGCGGGAUUUGCUAUUAAAAUAUGGUGGGUAAAAUGGUGGCCAUUUAGCUGAAGCAGUAGGCUGAUUUAUUAUUUAUGUUCUGUCCCACGGUCACGUGUUUUGGGGCGACCUAUCCAGUCUUGGGCAAGGUUCAACUUACUGGACGCAUUGAGUUUCUAGCUGGCGAACGACCGCAGCAGCUUAUCAUGCAAUGAAUCCGUUUUUUCUAAACACCGCAGGACUGUAAAACGACGUUUUCUUACUUUGCAUCUUUGCAAUGUCGACACUGGGGACCAGUUAUUAUAUUGACUCGCGCAUUCUUCCUGAGCAGGAAGAUAUGGCACAGAGGUACUCCUCAUCAGCUGCAGGGGUGGAGCAGGCGGUGGUCACCGAAUAUGGCGGACAGGAGUCUUGCCCAUUGCAGGCGAAAUCUUCUAUUUUUGGUGGAUCCUGGAGUGCCAUCUCGGCCCACCCUCCAAACACAACCGCUCCGACAUAUAUACAUCACCAUUACACAAACGGGGACAGCGAUGGCAUGUUUACGCGCUCUUGGGCGCUGGAUCCGGUCUCUGCGUCCCUGUGUUUGACGGGAUUACCAUCGACAGCCAUGCACUAUGAGAUCAAACCUGAACCCCUGAUUGGGAGUGCUGAAUGCACGACUUUGGAGACGCACACACAUCUUUUGUCUGACAUUGAAAACGGUGCAUCUCUUGUGGAGAUUCCCUGCGAAACCCCAUCUAAAGCCACUGAAGAGAAUCCGUCAGUGGACGAAAAGAGGGAGAUGGACGCAAAUAACCCGUCAUCCAACUGGCUUCACGCAAAGCCCACCAGAAAAAAACGUUGCCCAUAUACAAAGCAUCAAAUCCUCGAACUGGAAAAGGAGUUUCUGUUUAACAUGUACCUCCCCCGGGAUCGUAGAUACGAGGUAGCGAGACUGCUGAAUUUGACCGAGAGACAGGUAAAAAUCUGGUUUCAGAACCGCAGGAUGAAGAUGAAGAAAGAAAACAAAGACCGGCGGAGAGACAGUUAACUGGUUUUUGGACAGACCUGGGUU